AUGCUACUUCUUGCCACCGUUCAAGGCUUUUGGGCUGUUGUGACUGCGGUGAAAUACGACAUCAUGGCCAACUACCUCGGUGGCGACUGCAACAACACGGAGCCGUACAUCGUGUACGCGAGGCAGAAUGGCGGGUGUGAGGACGGGGUCUGCUACGACUUCGACGUGGGCGAGCGCGCGUCCACCGACUGCUCCAAGGAAGACUACCUGCAGGUGAUGCGCGACUUCUUCGGCGAGGCCCCGUACAUCAUCCACAGUUUGUACUCGGACGACGACUGCUCCACGUUCGAGUAUGCGGCGGCUUCCUCGCGACGAAUUCCUGUCUGGGCGGCAACGUGA